AUGCCUGACGGAAUUGAUAAUGGUGUUCGUUAUGCUGCUUUGUAUGAGCAGAAAGGACUUGAUCCAACUGAAAUUGAAGCUAAUAAACAGCUUCUUGCUAAUGCUAAAGAAUCAGUUGAAGAAAUGAUUUCUAACGAAGUGCAGAAAGAGCUUGAAACUGUACAGGUUUCUAAAUCUGAUAGCAACGCUAACGAAGGUUCUCCGAUUUCAAUGGUGACAGACCCUUCUGGUUGGUGGGAUACUUAUAAAAAUGGUAAAACUACCCAGUUAGCUCAAGAAAAUCUUGAUUAUCAAAAAGGUUUACAACAACAGAUUUUUGAGCGUGAAGAUACUGCUUAUCAGCGUACUGCUAACGAUAUGCGUUUAGCUGGUUUAAAUCCACUUUCAAUGAAUGGAACUAACGGUGCCGGUGAAGUUGUAGAUACUACCCCGCCCGAAGAUAUGGGAAAUCUUGCUGCUUUAACUCAAGUUUUCAAUAUGUUUAAUUCAAUGCGUUCUGGUAAUGCUUCCGCUAAUUUGCAAAAUGCACAGGCUGCUAAUUUACAGAGUCAAACAACUACUAAUGAUAUUUUAAAUAAAUAUUAUGAAGAUACUCUUGAUUUGGAAAAUGUUGGUAGACAGUUUGAUAAUGAAAUGAAAAAUUUCAAUUUAAGAGAAUUGCGUCGUAAUACUGCUUUCAAUGAUUUAUACGGUUUAUCUGAUAAUAUGACACCUGAGUUGAAAAGCUGUGCUGUUUACGAUAAAGUUCGUGAACAGUUUAUGUAUUUGUCUUUUGUUAAUUCCGUUGAGGAAUACAUUAGAAGUAAUGUUGAAAAUGUUAUUCAGGCUUGUAAAAACUUGAAUGAUGUAGAUGUAUAUGUUCUUUGUGAAUACGACGUUGAUAAUGGUGACUUUAUUCCCUGUAAAGUUAAACAUGAUUGGUCAGAGUAUAAAAUGCCUUUAUCUAAAGCUGACGCACUUGCGCCACUUGGCGUUGAAUUUGCUAAAGAAGCUCUCGAAUAUGAAGCAUUUAAGGCUUCUAGAAAACAGGAGGAAUCUAAAUAA